GUGUCAAAUUGGUUUGCUAAUGCUAGACAUCGGUUGAAGAACACUGUUCGUCAGCCAGAUUUAAGCUGGGCUUUAAGAAUAAAGUUAUACAACAAGUACAUGCAGGGCAAUGCCGAGCGGCUCAGCGUGAGCAGCGGCGACUCCUGCUCUGAAGAUGGAGAGAAUCCCCCAAGAAAUCACAUGACUGAAGCAGGCUACAGCACCCCUGCCCGUCACACUGUGAUUAAAGGGGAGAGUUCGGUGAUAAAAGCUGGAGUGAGAUCAGAGUCAAGGGCAGCCGAGGACUAUGUGUCACCUCCCAAGUACAAGAGCAGCUUGUUGAACCGUUACCUUAACGACUCUUUGAGGCAUGUCAUGGCCACAAGCACUGCCAUGAUGGGGAAAACAAGGCAAAGGAACCAUUCAGGAUCUUUUAGCUCCAAUGAAUUUGAGGAAGAGCUGGUGUCUCCAUCAUCAUCAGAAACUGAAGGCAACUUUGUCUACCGCACAGUAGACCCCUCUAAGAUUUUCAGAAAGAACUUCCUGGUGAAAAUGAGAAAUGGAAGAGAGACGGCAAAGCUUCGUGCCGAUGAACAAACUGUGAACUCCUGCAAAACUCUGUGUUACUGUUUGAUUGUUGUUUGGGGGCAAGAAGCAAAGGGAAGAAGGGAAGUGUGUGCCUUUUGGAGAGAUGCCGAGAGACCCAGGGAAUAUGUACUGCCACUUUGAGCCCAGGUGACACUGUGGGGGUAGAUGCCAGCACCUCUCUGGAACCAUCACAUUAUUGUGGUAAAGAGCUACUGGCAGAGACACUGGCAAUCUUGUUCCAGAGGAGCUGAGCACACUCUUCAAGCAGCCCUGUGAGCAGCAGGUAUCAGAGAGGAGUGGAGAAAAGGGCGCAGGAGCAGGGGGCAUGAGCUGUGGACAUCACCGACACCAGCUCCUGGGAGACGUCUAAACCUACACGGAAGAUGCCUAAAAAUGUAGGCUCCAAGUUGUGGAGCGCCAUGAUAACUAGGAAACAAACACUAUGUGUGCUGUCUCUCCUCAGUGGGAUCCAUUGUGGCUCACUGUUCAGUGGGCUUGGUUAACAGGAUAUCCUGGUCAGGCAUUGGACGACUGUCUCCAGGUAAAAGGUGGCUCUUCUGUGCACUAAUAUCCCCCAGUAGAAUUUUGGGUAAGGAGACAAAUGAUUUAGAGUAGGUCAUCCAGCACAGUUUUGAAGAGUUCUCCACCUACCACCUCUUCCAUCCCUUGGCAAGGAGAGAAACUGCAACACAGUCAGAGAACCCACUUCCUGCAUGGCUGUAAAGGUCUCUACAGCUAGAGAUGGACUUUGCUGUCAAUGAUCAAUCCUCUCUUCUCCCAGGAUACCUGCCUGUGCUGGUAAGAUCAAGGACUCUCAUCAAUGUUAGCCCAUUGAUUUAUACUUUCUCCAUAUACUGAGUGUUUUGGUCUGAAGGAUAUUGCUUGGCAGACCAUGGUGGUAGAUAAGCCAUUUAGUGAGUCCACGGAGAGACUGCCAGCAGAAGGGUGAUGGCAGCUAAGGCAACCAGAUCCAAACGGGAAUAAGAGGCUGCUCCAAAAGAAACAAGCACUCCCCACCUCCCCUGGAAGCCGGCCAGUGUAAUCAACCUGCCAUCUGGCAGCUGACUCCUCGUCCAGUUCUUCAUGCCACUGAAUCUCAUGCUCAGUCACUCCAUUGCUCAGGUCAAGAUCACAUGUCCUUCCUUCCUUAUUCCUCAAUAUCCAGCCCCAGUGAGUCUUUGCUGUACUUGAAGGUGGGCAACAAACUUGCUCUGUCACAUCAGUCAAAGUCACUGUCAUCUCACCCAGAGUACUGUGAUGACCUUCUGGGGCAAGCCUGUUUCUGUGCUAUCUAUAUAAUUUGUUUACUGUGUAUAUGUACACAUCUGAUAUAUAUGCCUGGGUGAGUGGGUGUCAGCUAUCUGCUGUAUCAUUCUCCUCCACCUUAUUCUGUUGAAACAGGGUCUUUCUAUCAAUCUGGAGCCAGGCUACUGUAUGAGAUGUAGAGAGAGUAGUGGGAAUGUGCACCGUUGACACAAGCACAAGCGUGUCAAAGACUUCAAUGCCUCAGCCCCUAUACAAGUGGAAAAGCCUUCCCUGAGUGAAACUCAGAGGGAUGACAAAUUUUCCCCAGGUGUCCAAGUGCAAAUGCUGACAGGAUAUGCAGAAUUUCCACCAUAGACCCCCCAAUAUAUUCAAGGCCUGAAGACUGCUCCCCAACAGAGACUGAUUCUGAGAUUAGCUGAAACCUGUCCCCUUGAUCCAGCCAUAGACCUGGCUCCUUGUUCAGCUGUAUGUAAUAACCCCACCUCCUUGUGCAGAUGUAUGCAACGCCCCUGCCUCCCUGUUUAGUUGUAUGUAGUGAACAUGCUGAGCUUUUGGAAUGCUGUGGUUUCUAUAUCAGAGAACCCAGUCCGCAUGAUCCCAUGCUUUUCUGUGUCUGUGUAUUUGUCUUUUACUUGUUCCCUUGAUAACCCAGUCAGGUCGAGUCUUUGGAGCUACACUAGUAAAUAUGGCACUAAUAGCCCACAAGUCACAAAAGUCCUCCUGCCUUCAUGCCCACAAUUCUGUGAUCACAGGCAUGCCUGUCCUGGUUUUUACAUAGGGACUGAGAAUUUGAAUUCAGGUCUUCACAUGUGUUCACAAACACUCUUACUUGUGAUGUUGGCUAGUUUUAUGUCAACCUGAUAGGAGCUAAAGUCAUCAGAGAGAAGGGAAGCUCAAUUAAGGAAACACCCCCAUAAGAUAGGGCUGUAUACAAGCCUGUAGGAAUUUUGCUUAGUUAGUGAUUGAUUGGGGUGGGCCUAGCCCAUUGUGAAUGGUGCCAUCCCUGAGCAGAUAUUCCUGGGUUCUAUAAGAAAGCAGGCUGAGCAGGCCAAAUGGAACAAAGUCAGUAAGCAACACUCCUCCGUGGCUUCUGUAUCAACUCCUGCCUCCAGGUUCCUGCCCUGAUUGAGUUCCCAUCCUGACUUUUUUUGAUAAUGAACUGUGAUGUUGAAGUGUAAGCCGAAUAAACCUUUUCCUUCCCAA